AUGCCGCAAGAAAUUCAAAUAAAUGUGCCAACAUACAAUAAAAUAAAAGCAGCUCCUGCCCCACCGCGCUUACCGAAUAGUAGUGAAACAAGUGAAAUAAACCUUGCCGUAACAGAAGAUGACCAAAAGCAUUCCGCUGAUCGACGAAAUGCUUACUUUUCGUUCGUUUCCCCCACAAAUAAUGCUGAUCGCGAUAAAUCGUUCUCUCCCUCCCUCCAAACACCUUGGCAUGCACAGUCGCUAAUGUCUCUGGUAGACCAAGUUGUUCUAACGCAACAACAAAGCACUAGCUUAGCAACAAGCACAGUAACAACGGUAAGCGCAGCUCUCACAACAACUACAACAACCACGACUUCAGAAAUUACAGCGGUUUCACAACGCAGUUCACCCCCACCUGCACAAACGGAAAUUUCGGCACCAGCCCAAGCCAAGCAACGCAGCUCAGCGCAAGUUGACCUACUUAAUCCAACAACCCGUACAUUGACUCAAACGGGUAUUGAUAGGUAUAUACAAGUCAAACGAAAAUUAAGCCCACAGCAGCAAAAAAUUGCAAACCCAUCAAAAAUUGCAAAAACGAAAACCAUUGACAUUAACCCUCUACUGGGAAAUAAGUUUGCGAUUCUGCACAAUGAAUGUGACAAAGAGCCGAAUGAAGUUUCUAAAGCCAAACCCAAACCGCCCCCAAUUUAUUUACGAGAGCAAAGCUAUAGUGAGCUCGUGAAUAAUUUAACUCAGCUUAUUGGAGACAAUAAGCAGAUUCUAACUGAAGAAAAUUACUGGUUGGUAACCAAACACCUUAAUGAAGAUAAGAAAACUUCUAUACGUACCAGCACAAAAGCAGCAAAGGACUGCAAGUAG